UGGGGCCACCGCGCCGCGGUCGGCGGGCAGGUGGCGGGUGGCCCGUCCGCAGUCUCCGCUCCGGCCACGCGCGUCCCGGCUCGGGAGGCCGCUGGCCCGGCGCCCGCUUGCCUUUUGUCUGCGCGGCGGAGCGGGCGUUCGCAUCACAUCUCCGGUGCCUCCCGCUGCUUUUUUUUUUUUUUUCCUCCUGCCUCUCCCUCCCGCUCCUCGCAUCUUCUCCCCGCCCCCGCCGCCGGCCCGCGCCGGCCCGCUGACCUCCUGGACCACAGCCCGAGGACGCCUCCGAGCGAGCGAUGUCUCCUCUCCACAAAGUUGCGGCCGCCGCUGCAGCCGCCGUCGGGCGCUGAAACAAAGUCGAACGGGGCUGCCUCCCCGGUGCCCGAGCGCACCCGUGCCCGGGGGCUGGACACCGCGGUCGGUCGAGCUGUCUCGCCGGGAGCCCGGAACGUGCUUUGGCCAUGGCUGAGGGCGCGGCUGGCAGGGAGGGUCCGGCGCCUCUCGACGCUGCCGCGGGCGAGGACGACCCCCGAGCUAGCGCCGACGCUGCCUCCGGGGACGCUGCCCCCGCGGCCUCGGGUGGCCGGAUGAGGGACCGUCGCAGCGGGGUCGCGCUGCCGGGCCCUGCAGGGGUCCCCGCAGACGGCGAGGCCGGUCUCCUGGAGGCUGCGCGAGCGACCCCCCGGCGCAGCAGCAUCAUCAAGGAUCCUUCGAACCAAAAAUGCGGUGGGAGGAAGAAAACAGUGUCCUUCAGCAGCAUGCCGUCGGAGAAGAAGAUCAGCAGUGCCAGCGACUGCAUCAGCUUCAUGCAGGCUGGCUGCGAGCUGAAGAAAGUACGGCCAAACUCCCGCAUCUACAACCGGUUCUUCACCCUAGAUGCAGACCUCCAGGCUCUCCGCUGGGAACCAUCCAAGAAAGACCUUGACAAAGCCAAGCUGGACAUUUCCGCCAUCAAAGAGAUCCGGCUGGGGAAGAACACAGAGACAUUCAGAAACAAUGGGCUCGCUGACCAGAUCUGUGAAGACUGCGCCUUCUCCAUCCUCCACGGGGAAAACUAUGAGUCUCUGGACCUGGUUGCCAAUUCAGCAGAUGUGGCAAACAUCUGGGUGUCCGGGUUGCGGUACUUGGUCUCACGUAGUAAACAACCACUUGAUUUUAUGGAGGGUAACCAGAACACUCCACGGCUCAUGUGGCUGAAAACGGUGUUUGAGGCCGCAGAUGUUGAUGGGAACGGGAUUAUGUUAGAAGACACUUCCGUGGAGUUAAUAAAACAACUCAACCCUACCCUGAAGGAAUCUAAGAUCCGGUUAAAGUUUAAAGAAAUCCAGAAGAGCAAAGAAAAACUUACCACCCGGGUGACUGAGGAGGAAUUUUGUGAAGCUUUCUGUGAGCUCUGUACCAGGCCAGAAGUGUAUUUCUUACUUGUCCAGAUAUCUAAGAACAAGGAAUAUCUGGAUGCCAAUGACCUCAUGCUCUUCUUAGAAGCUGAGCAAGGGGUUACCCACAUCACUGAGGAUAUGUGCUUAGAUAUCAUCAGGAGGUAUGAGUUUUCCGAAGAGGGCCGUCAGAAAGGGUUUCUUGCCAUUGAUGGUUUUACCCAGUAUUUACUGUCACCAGAAUGUGACAUUUUUGAUCCAGAGCAAAAGAAGGUUGCCCAAGACAUGACCCAACCCUUAUCCCACUACUAUAUCAAUGCGUCUCAUAAUACCUACCUGAUAGAAGACCAGUUCAGGGGACCAGCUGAUAUCAAUGGGUAUGUGAGGGCUUUGAAAAUGGGCUGUCGAAGCAUUGAGCUUGAUGUGAGUGAUGGUUCGGAUAAUGAGCCCAUCCUUUGUAACAGAAACAACAUGGCCACACAUCUUUCCUUUCGAAGCGUUCUAGAGGUCAUCAAUAAGUUUGCCUUUGUUGCUUCAGAAUACCCGCUCAUCCUCUGCUUGGGGAAUCACUGUUCUCUACCUCAGCAGACAGUCAUGGCUCAGCAGAUGAAAAAGGUGUUUGGCAAUAAACUCUAUACAGAAGCGCCUUUGUCAUCUGAAUCCUACCUCCCAUCACCCGAAAAACUAAAGAAUAUGAUCAUUGUGAAAGGAAAGAAGCUGCCUUCAGAGUCAGAUUUGCUAGAGGGGGAAGUAACUGAUGAGGAUGAAGAAGCUGAGAUGUCUCGGAGGAUGUCAGGGGAUUACAACGGUGAGCAGAAACAUAUCUGGCUCUGCCGAGAACUCUCUGACUUGGUAUCCAUCUGCAAAUCUGUUCAGUACAGGGAUUUUGAGCUGUCUAUGAAAACCCAAAACUACUGGGAAAUUUGUUCAUUUAGUGAAACAGAGGCCAGCCGAAUUGCAAAUGAAUACCCAGAGGAUUUCGUGAAUUACAACAAGAAGUUCUUAUCAAGGAUCUACCCUAGUGCCAUGCGGAUAGAUUCCAGUAAUUUGAACCCACAGGACUUCUGGAAUUGUGGCUGUCAAAUUGUGGCAAUGAAUUUUCAAACACCUGGUCCAAUGAUGGACCUCCAUACCGGCUGGUUUCUUCAGAACGGGGGAUGUGGCUAUGUCCUGAGGCCAUCUAUCAUGCGAGAUGAGGUUUCAUACUUCAGUGCAAAUACAAAGGGCAUUGUGCCUGGGGUGUCUCCCCUGGUUCUUCACAUCAAGAUCAUCAGCGGUCAGAACUUCCCGAAGCCCAAGGGGGCUUGUGCCAAAGGGGAUGUCAUAGACCCCUAUGUUUGUGUGGAGAUUCAUGGGAUUCCGGCUGACUGCUCCGAGCAAAGAACUAAAACCGUGCAGCAGAACAGCGAUAAUCCCAUUUUUGAUGAAACUUUCGAGUUCCAAGUCAACCUUCCUGAGCUGACCAUGGUCCGGUUUGUUGUUCUGGAUGAUGAUUACAUCGGUGACGAGUUCAUCGGGCAGUACACGAUACCGUUUGAAUGUCUGCAGCCCGGGUACCGGCAUGUCCCCCUGCGCUCCUUUGUGGGGGACGUCAUGGAGCACGUGACCCUUUUUGUCCACAUAGCAAUAACCAAUAGAAGUGGAGGAGGGAAGGCGCAGAAGCGUAGCCUCUCUGUGAGAAUGGGGAAGAAAGUUCGAGAAUACACCAUGCUCAGGAAUAUCGGGCUGAAGACCAUAGAUGAUGUCUUCAAAAUCGCGGUUCAUCCCUUACGAGAAGCCAUAGACAUGAGAGAGAACAUGCAGAACGCCAUAGUGUCUGUUAAGGAGCUGUGUGGACUCCCGCCCAUCGCCAGUCUGAAACAGUGCCUGCUAACCCUGUCCUCUCGUCUCAUCACCAGUGACAGUCUUCCCUCCGUGUCUCUAGUGAUGAAGGACAGCUUUCCUUACCUGGAGCCUCUGGGGGCCAUUCCAGACGUGCAAAAGAGGAUGCUAGCCGCCUAUGACCUGAUGAUUCAAGAGAGCCGGGUCCUCAUAGAAAUGGCCGACUCAGUCCAUGAAAAGAUUGUACAGUGUCAGAAAGCAGGGAUGGAGUUCCGAGAAGAGCUUCAUGAUCUGGGGGCAAAGGAGGGCUUGAAAGGAAGAAAACUCAACAAGGCAAUUGAGAGCUUUGCUUGGAACAUCACUGUGCUGAAGGGACAAGGAGACCUGCUGAAGAACGCCAAGAAUGAAGCUAUAGAGAACAUGAAGCAGAUGCAGCUGGCCUGUUUGUCUUGUGGACUGAGUAAAGGCCCUGGCAGUGGGGCCGAGGCCAAGGGCAAGCGCAGCCUGGAAGCAAUAGAGGAGAAGGAAAGUAGCGAGGAGAAUGGGAAGUUGUGACCUGGGCAGUGCACAUGCCCUUGUCAGGGACUCUGAUUUCCCAUUCUUGUCUUUCUGUUUUGUUACAUUCUUCAAAUGCUCACAGAAAUGAUGCCCUCUAUGGGCUGCUGUACAUAAACAUAUGUUUUCACAGUGUCAGUAUUUUCCUGUAGUUAAUUUAUCUAAGUUAAAACUUUUAGUAACAGUGUUUUAAACUCUGAGCUGUGGCUGUCUGUGUGCAUGUGUGUGUGUGUGUGUGUGUGUGUGUGUGUGAGAGAGAGAGAGAGAGAGAGAGAGAGAGACCCUGUUAAAAUCUGUUCUCUGUCGUAUUAUUGGUUUUAGUUUUUAUCUUGAUCAUCAUUUGGAGACAGCUGAUAAUCUGAAUCCUAAUGGACAUUUAUUGUAACUCAUUGCGUGGUUAGUUUUGUCUCUCUGCCUUUGUCAUUUAAUUUUGGAGAUCUUAGCACAGCUUAUCAUUGAAGAAAACCAAAUUAUCAAAGCAAAAGUGUUUCAUAGAUUACAUGUAGAUUUAAAAAAAAACCUCAAAAUUAUAGUAGAAAUAAAAGUGAAUAAAAAAUCUUUUAAAAUUAGAAAUCUGGAAAGAUAAAUUAAUUUCUUCAUUUAGCAAAAUCAUUAAAAUAUUUACUAUACAACAUCAAAUUUAGGAAGUUUCUGUAGGUGUUUACUAAGCGUGUGCUUUUGGUAGAAAAGCUCGACACAGUAAAUUGGUAGCUACCAGGCGGUACUCUGAAGCACACUAAAUGAUCUGUUGUAGCUAGGAUUGUUGAUUUGACAGUGGCAUUCACUUGUGAAAUUUCAAGGUUUGUAGGAAGACCUCUUCUCCUGAGGUGUGAGCUUGGGAUUAAUUUUCUAUUAUCAGUUGUGGGCAGACACAAGUACUUGGCAAGGAUUAAAUUUCAUAUAGGGUACUAAAUUUAAAGACAUUGUUAAAAUAAUAUCAUACCAUCAUGUUGAGCUGACAAAUUCUAUAAGUCAGAUAACAUCUUUAUGAAGAUUUGGGAGCUAGCAAAUUAGGCAGCAUGUAUGGGAUAAUUUUAAAACAUACAGUAAAACACAAGCAAAUGGCUAAUUAGAGUACAUAAUUUUAUCUAGAUAAUUUUACCCUAAUGUCUUCAUAAACUUCUUAAAUAUAAUGUUUAUUCAUUACCACCAACAGAACUAAAUGUUCUAUGGUUAUGAAAGAAUAUAUUUAUUUAAAACAUUGCUUUUAUUUUGAAAAGCUUCUUAAUUAAUUUGAUUAACAAAUACGCUAAUUUGGGGGAGCCUAGAGAAGAUAAUUGUUGAAAUUUUGCAAAUAGCAACAUCCUCUAUAGCUACUGUGUUCUUUCUGAGUUUUCUUAUUCUCUGUUCUUGUUGCACACUACCAAAAAAGUAAAGAUGUCAAAAACA